UUUAUUUACAUUAGUAUAUAUAUUAUUUAUAUUAUUAUACACGUUAUUUAAUAUAUUAUUAUAUAAUAAAAUGGUCUUCAUACCUGACGCACUCUUCAGCGAAGAAUUGAAAAGUUGUCCAGAGUUGUGGGGUCUGGGAAAGGGAUAUGUUUCUUGGAAAAACAAUGGUAGUAGGUUAGCUAACAUACUCACAAAAAAAACAGGUACACUUAUAACAGUGGAAGACGUUAAACGAAAAUGGAAAAAUGUCAGAACGUAUCUAAAACGAUUGGAAAACACGGAGGGAACAAGGUUUACGGGUAUGGGCGCGUAUGUGUGGUACGCGCAUCAAUUAGGAUUGGAACGUACUGUCGCUAGAAUUACCAAACAAAUUUUAGCGGACGGGGAAGUACCAGUAGAAGUAGGUUGUGAGGAAAUAAAAGUAAAAGAAGAAGUACAGAUGGACACAGAUUACGAAGAAUUUUUACGGUUUGACGAAAUGGACAACAGAUUAUCACAGGAAAAAGUGACAGGGGAACAAACGGAUUUACAGACGAAUGAACGACUAUUUAGCAUAGAAAGCCCCAACAUUAUGGAUUAUAGUUAUAAUGUAAAUAGAUACAAAAAUGAUAUAGACGACGAGAAAGCGAUAACAUCGAAUAGAAUUACCACACAAAUUUUAGCGGAGGGAGAAGUACCAGUAGAAGUAGAUUUUGAGGAAAUAAAAAUAAAAGAAGAAGUACAGAUAGACACAGAUUACGAAGAUUUUUUACGGUUUGACGAAAUGGACAACAGAUUUUCACAGGAAAAAGUGACAGGGGAACAAACGGAUGUACAGAGGAAUGAACGACCAUCUAGAAUAGAAAGCCCCGAUGUAAUGGGUUAUAGUUAUAAUGUAAAUAGAUACAAAAAUGAUAAAGACGACGAGAAAGCGACAACAUCGGCGGCUGCAGCACGGGGGAGGAAGGAUCGACGCUUUGAACCCGCCGUAACCCCAGACGAAAGCCAGGAAGUGGAAGAAGCUCAAAGAGUGGUGCCGGACAUUGAGGCACUGCGAGGGGUCGUGAGGAAAUUAACUCCUCACGACAAAAUCGUACAACUACACUUCAAUGAAGUGUAUACCGGCCUAAGGUCAGCAUAUACUCGAUCCGAGGACAAGCUGUAUGGACGCGGGUACAUUCUAAACCAAGAAUUAGCGGAGACGAAAGAGUACCGGACGGUACUCGUUUUCGGAGUACGCAGUAUAUUGACGGCGUUCAACAUGCUACUCAGCGCCUAUCCUAUCAUCCGCCACAAAGGGAAUCCAGAACUAUUAGAGGAAAAUUUAAGAAUCGCGGAGGAGAUCGGACUGGAAGUAAAAGCGGUGGUCUGCGACAGGAGCGGCCAAAAUCACAAGGCAAUUAGGAUUUUCGCAAGCGGCGAAUUUAAAAGGCAACGUGCGGAUGGCAGCAAGUAUAUAGUCGUACACAUGUACGACUAUAUACACAUCCUGGAAGCAUUCCGCCAGAAAGCGAUUACAUUAAACCGACGAUAUGACGCCGCAAUUGUCACCAAAGUAGCUGCGCAGAACGCGCCCAUCUGGGGACACUGGGAGACGAGAGGCGCCAGCUUGUUAAUCACCUCACCUAGAAAUUUAGUAGAAACAGUCCAAUUUUUCACACCAGCAAUGCCAGCAAUGUUGGAAAUAGCAAUUCAACGAGGAAUCAUUGGUAGUGCCAUAGAAGUUAGGACGUACGAACUCUUCGCUGCUAUGACAAAAUUUAACAAAAUUUUUCACAGCGGCAAAAUCAACAGCACCAAUUGGCAGGCCCAAAGAGCGGUGCUAGAAGAAGUUAGAGAACAUCUCAGUUCCGCCCUUGAGGCGGACCUGCUAGCGGGCGAAACCGUGCAAACAAUGAAUAGAUUUAUAAAAUUAAUGGACGGGCUGCUGGAGGCUUAUCCUGGCAUAACUAUCCAUUCCUACAGGGUAAGCCAAGAUCUACUGGAACGUUUCUUCUGCAAGGUAGCUCCAAACAAGAGAAAUCUUACCAGACCGGCGACACAAAUAAUGAAGCUGAUCAACCGCCUAAUUAAAUUACAAAUACAAUUUUGGGGCAGCGGACAGUCUACCACCAAUGAUUACCAUCUUAUAGAGUUGAUGGAUUACACGAUGGAAGACCAGGCCGAAGAAGAGUUCCUGCCAUUCGGCCUGGAUGGGGUGAUAUUCGACGACGUAGUCACCGGACAAGUAACUAGAAAAGAGGAAGGAUACAUCUGGCUGCUCACGGGCUACGGAAUAGCUCAGUACAUACGUGAACAUCUGCGUUGUCAAGCCUGCCUGAAAGACCUCACGCUAAGAAAAGAAGAUGCAAAUGACCCGAGAGACGUUGUCAUCGCAGCCCACAAAUAUCUGGAACCCGAAUUCGCAAAGCCUAAAGUUUAUGACGCAUUUCAUAACGCCUGCGACAUAUACAAGUUCGUGAUACUGAACCAUAUGGUCGAAGCAAACAUCGGCAAGCGCCUGCAGGCAACAAUAGUAGCACGGCUUGCCUUCUUCAGGGAGGCAAGCUCCUGUCCCGACGGAAGAAACCACCGAACAAAUCUGCUAGGCUUCAUCAUCAAUUUGCUGCUGAUUGGAGAUAACUGGGUACAAGAAACUGUUACCAAUGUGUCAUCAUUUUGAAGGAAAACCAGAAAAGUGGAGAAUGCAAAAGUAUCCGCCCACCAUACUCUCCGUUCAAGUAUAGGAAAAUUGUGCUUUAAAUACAGCAAAGAUAAAAAGACAAGUAUAAGCCAUUCUAUGCCGCUUAAAUGCCGCCUAUUACCUAUUUUAGAUUACAAUAAAAAUCAAAUCCAGUUAUCUGGUCGCCGCCUCAUACCGAUGAAAAUUCGCUACAUGCCAAAGAUUAAAAAAUAAGAAUACGCCUCCACGCAUCGCUUCAGCAAAACGCCAUACUUACGUAGGCUAAAUG